GACACGGACACGCGGUCCCAGUGCUGGCGUUCGUUUGCGCUUCCCGCAAUUCCAUCUCUCGCCCGUAGAUCCAGAUUCCUGCUUCCCCCAUCGUCUCCUCUCGCUUCGCCGGUAGUAACCCCCGCGACAGGGAAGGAGGGAGGCGAGCGCCAUGUCGGCGCUGUUCAACUUCAACUCCUUCCUGACCGUGGUGCUGCUGGUGAUCUGCACCUGCACCUACAUCAAGAUGCAGUUCCCGGCCAUCCUCAACGACCGCACCGGAUUCCGUGGUUUCUUUUGGAAAGCUGCCAGGAUAGGUGAGCGAUUGAGCCCUUGGGUAUCAUUCGGGUGCUUGGCUAUGGGAAUAUCCACAUUAUUCUUCUAAGGCCAAAAUGUUAAAUCUCCAUAAUUUUAGUCUAGGAUGCAGAACAUUGUUUUACCUGUAGAAAGAACUGUAAUAUUUGAUUUUAGCCCAUGUCUUUAUUGAAGCAUUUUGCUUCAAUUUUUACUUUGGAUGGAGACAAGCACUGAUCUUUGUAAGAGCUGGCAAUCUUAUGUCUGCAGUGGGGAUGCAGAAUGAGGGAACCGAACGAAGGUGAAAUAUAUUGUACCAUCUAGUGUUUGAUUAUUGUGGUGAGCAGUUCGAUUGGUUCUGGUAAUCAAAUAUUGUACCCAACAAACUUAAAUAUAUGAGUGUAAGUUGUUCUUCUAAGUCA